UGGCCUUGUGGGCUGCAAGUGCACACUGCUGGCUCAUGUCAAGAUUUUCAUCUACCAGUGUCCCAGUGUCCUUCUUGGCAGGGCUGCUCUCAAGGAGUUCUUCACUCAGUCUGUAUAGAUAUCAGGGGUUUCUGCAGCACGAGUGCAAACACCUUGCACAUGUCCUUGUUGAACCUCAUUAAGUUCAUACGAACUCAUCCUUCAAGCUUGUGCACGUCUCUUUGGAUUGAGUGCCCCCACAGCAAGUAUGAGAGAACAUCAAAAGAAAUGUGAUGAGGAGAACAAUGGAUGUGAUUUUCCCCCUCUACUCUGCUCUUGUGAGACCUCACAAUGAAUACUAUAUUCAGCUGUGCAUCCCCCCACAUAAGAAAGACACUGACCUGUUGGUGUGAAUCCAGAUAUGGGCCAUGAAGGUAAUCAGACAGCUGGAGAACUUAUGCUAUGAGAGAACUGUCGUUAUUUUGCCUGGAGAGGAGAAGGUUCUGGUGAGACUUUGGAGUGGCAUUCCAGUACACAGAGAAUGCUCACAAGGGAGAUAGGGAGGGAUACUUUCCGACUGAUUGCAAUGAUAGGACAAGGUCUAAUGGCGUUCAAGUAAAAACAGUAGAAUUAGAAGAGAUAUUAGGAAGAAGUUCUUUACUAUGAGGAUGGUUAGGCACUGGAACAGUUUACCAGAGAAGUUGUGGAUGCCCCAUCCUGGGAAGUGUUCAGGGCCAGGCUGGAUGGGACUCCUAGACAUCUGAUGCAGUGGAAAGUAUCCCUGCUUUUGGAGGUGCAUGGAACUACAUGAUCUUUCAGAUCCCUUCCAAGAGAAACUAUUCUAUGAUUCUGUGACUGUCAUAAGCUCUUUUCUGAGGGCAGUGUUACAUGCGAUAGGGUUAAAUUUCAGCACAAAACCCACACACACGGAAAAGCCAAAACAAGUGGACAUCAGAGUGAGCUGAGGAGGCAGAGAAGGAUGAAGCACAAGCCACAUCAUCAUAUACAGGAAACCUUGGGCAUCCAGCUGAUGUUUUCUGGAGCUCCUUCCUGAGGGUGGUACUUCCAACAGCCGCACUGCAGUGAACCAGGCUGAUGUCACUUGCAUGCUCUGGACCCAACCAGCACUUGAGCCAAAUCAUCUGCCUCAGCACUGCAAUCCUGACCUACAAAUCUUUGGGCCUUUCAUUGCAGCACUUCAAAGAUCCUUCAUUUCAGAAUGGGCAAGGCAUAAAUCUGGAAAUGAAAAGGUAGCACUGCAGGAAACCAAAACACAGCCCAUACAAUGAGAAGGAAUGGCAUGCAUUCAAGGUCAGCUUGUCAGAAAAUUAGUGCCUAUAUCAAUGGUGCCUGCAGGCCUGCAGCAAUGAAGGACCAGUAUAAAAGGCAGCUCAAUUCCCAGCUCUCUCAUCCACUUCUCUUGCCUCAUUCUCGUUGGGAACCAGGUAAGUGUGAAGCACUCUCUCCUCCUCUUGCAAAGUGAGAUUUUGCCUCAGUUGUUGUCUCAUACAACAGCGGAGUUCCUUGCUAUGGGAGAUCGUACAGGGGAUAAGGUCUGCGUAGAAAGUGCUUGGGACACAGCUUACAUGGCUUUAGAUUUAUACAGUCUGUGAGAAUCUCCCUGGGCCAGACUACUCUUUGUAGGGCCCUGGUAAAACAUAGGUACGUGUCCUUUUUUCUCAGCCUUCUCUGUGAUGGCUAGUAGUUGCCAUGGCAGGGUAUCCAGCCUGUCCCUCACAUACCCUUGUGUUCUACUUCCUUCUGUCCCUCUCUCCUAGGUGUAUCGCCAGCCCCAAGACAUGUCCUGCUACAGCCAGUGUGUGCCAUGCCGGCCCUGCGGCCCCACCCCUCUGGCCAGCAGCUGCAAUGAGCCCUGUGUCAGGCAGUGCCAGAACUCCACCAUCGUCAUUGAGCCCUCUCCUGUGGUGGUGACCCUGCCCGGACCCAUCCUCAGCUCCUUCCCGCAGAACACUGUUGUGGGCUCGUCCACCUCCGCUGCUGUUGGCAGCAUCCUCAGCUCUGAGGGCGUGCCCAUCACCUCGGGAGGCUUUAACUUGUCUGGCUUCGGCAGCGGCUACUGUGGCAGAAGGUGCCCGCCCUGCUAAAGCCGCUGGCCAUG